CUUUGCCCUGCAUGUAGCUUUUAUGGAACAGAGCUGCAGUGAAGCCGAGAGUGAAAGUUAAAUAAACUGUUCUCAGGUUCCCAUUAUUAAGAGCUCCUUGAAUACUUAGACUCACAUGGAGAGACCAGAGAUGGUUAACGGCGAUCAGCUUCCCCCUCCUUACAACCCCACGUGCCCCCAACCCUAUGCCCAAGAAGCCAGGAAUGCUGGGGAAGCUGGAAUUUCUACAGUCACUCAAUGUAGUAAUAAUGUAGGAACAUCAGACGUCCUGCCCCCGGAAUACACACAGUGCUUUGAGGAUGUGAACUGCUUCUCUGAAGCUUCUGUCAGACGAGGUUUCAUCAAGAAAGUGUACCUCACCCUCAUGAUUCAGCUGCUGAUAACAGUUGGAAUUAUCUGUGCAUUUCUUUAUUGGAAUACGUUGAAAAUCUGGGUUAUACGCACCAGCUGGUUUUCCUACGCCAUGAUGGGGGCAACACUAUUUCUUGUCAUUGUACUCUCCUGCUGUGGCGAUGUGCGAAGAAAGGUUCCCCUGAACUUCUUCUUUCUUGGGUUGUUUACUGUUGCAGAGGGGAUGCUACUUGGAUCCAUUACUGUGUUCUUCAGAGCAGAAGCUGUUCUGUGGGCAGUGGGAGCCACUGCCUUGGUGUCCUUUAGUCUGAGUGUAUUUGCAAUGCAGUCUAAGUGGGACUUUACGACUGUAAGUGGAAGCAUUUGGGUCCUGUGCUGGACUCUAUUCUCGUUUGGAUUACUCUGUGCUAUUAUGAGGUCCCAGUUUCUGUACAUUGCUUAUGCAUCAUUGGGGACAUUGGUCUUCUCUAUAUACCUGGUGAUGGAUACACAGCUAAUGCUGGGCGGGAAACACAAAUACACCAUUAGUGCAGAGGAAUACAUUUUUGCUUCAUUGAACCUCUACCUAGACAUUGUAACAAUUUUCUUAUUGAUACUUCAGAUGAUCGGGCUCUGCCGUUAACGCAAACAAUAAUCAACCAAAGUGAACAUUUAUCAAAAUCCCUGCAGUCUUCAUCCACUAUUAAAUUCUGCAGUACUGCGAAAAAACUUAAUAUUUAUACAUUACAUCAAUUCACACAGUGAUUCUGGACACACAUGCUACUUUGUAACUCAGGGACUUUUAUUGCUGCAUGAUAAACAAAUAUAUGACUUAAAUAAUUGAAUGUGUAACAUUUAGGAACAUAUCAAUCACACACAGCAUAUAGAUUACAGAAAACAAACUAAUCACACGAAUAAACCUGUUAUAUGGAUUCAA